AUGACUGGCAGUUCAGGGACAGUGCGCGCGCCGACUGUGCCAUCUGUUGCUGCAGUGGCGGAGCCCGUGACUGAGGAGGUGCCGCAGCCGACCGCGGCGGAGCAGGCCGCCGCUGCCGCGGAAGCCGCCCAGCAGCUGGCCGACAGCGCCACGUUCGCGGUCGACACCCUGAAGGCCCAGCUGGCGGCGCGGGCCGCAGAUUCCAAGGCAAACGCCAAGGUGGCCCAGGGCCGGGACGCGGGCCUGGAGGCUUACGACUCGUACGCGGAGGCGGCGGUGAUGCAGAUGCGCCGGCUGGCGCCGCAAAUCGUCCGGCAGGACGACCGCAGGACCCUGGCCCAGAUUGACUAUGUGUCGUCGACCGUCACUGUGACGGCCGACUCGCUCCGGAAGGAGGUCAUCGCCGGCACGAAGCCGAGCGCCAAGGCCAUCGCCGAGCUCUCGGUCAAGCUCUCCUCCGCCGCCUCCGAGGCGCGCAAGCUCGCCGUCGCUGCCGCCGCCGCGGCCGGCGCCGAGGCCGGCGCCAAGAUCCGCGUCGCGCCCGAGCCGGGCUCCCUGGCCGCGGCCGCGGGGCGCGCGGCGCGGCUGUGGGGCGGGCUCGCGGUGCUUUACGCGGUCGACCAGGGCGUCAAGGCGGCGCUGGCGCAGGCCGGCCUCAACCUGCCCAGCCCGGCCGUCGGCAUGUUUGCCACCUUUGCAAUCCUCGGCCUCGCCGGCCGCCCCGCCGCCGCCUCCGUGCUGCGCUUCUUCUCGCCCGCGCUGGAGUGGGCCGUCAGAUGGCUGCCCAUCCUGUUUGUGCCCGUCGUCGUGUCGCAGCCGCUGCCGGCGGCGCUCGCGGGCUUCAACGGCUCCGCCGCGCUGCGCGCCGCCGCCGCGGCGGUGGUUGGGCUGGUAGCGCUCCGCCAGGCGGCGUCUGCACCCGCCAUCCCCGACUUCGGCCUGAGCAGCCCGACCGACCCCGCGCCCGGCGCCAGCCCGCUGGCGGUGGUGGGCACGCUGCUGCUGACCGCGGGCUCGGCCUACGCGCUGCUGUCGGGCCAGCAGGCCGCGCUGGCGACGCUCGCGCUGCCGUUCGGGGCGGCCGCGGCGGUGUCCGCCUACCUGGCCGGCAUCGCGCUGCACGGCGCCAUCAGGGGCCGCGCGCCCGCGCCCGCGGCGGCGUGA